GCAUGCGCAAGUGUGUGCUCCGGUUUGAGGUUCUCCCGACCCGGUUAGAGGACGUUCACCUCGUUAAGGUGACCGCCUGUGGCUGCCGUCCCCCCGUCGCUGGGUGGUGCAGUCUGGCAGGGGGCUGGCUGUGGCUGGGCCGCUGCAGACGAGCCGAGCCGAGCAGAGUCAAGGCAGGCUGCGAGUGUCCGGGAGAGCCGCCCCGUUCUGGAACAAUUUCUCUCUCUUGCCUCCGGGGACUUUUUAUUUUUAUUUUUUACCUGCGUGGGCCCCGCCCUCACUGUGGGACCACCUGAGCGCGAGCGUGUGUGUGAGGAACACGCAGCGGCGGCACGCGCGCGGGACUCGGGACUUAAAUCACGGAUCGGACUCUGCUGCUCGAUACCCGCAGUCAUGUCCACCUGAAGCAGACUCUUCAUCAGACCUGAAGCACCUCCUCCUCCUCCUCCUCCUCCUCCCCCCCUACUCCUCUCUUUUCCCCACGUCCUCUGCUCUUCGGAGUUUUUCUCUUCCUCUUCACCAUGCUUUCCUUUUCUCUGCUCCUUUCCGUUCUUCUUUCCCUCCUCCCCCCUCUCCCCCUCCUGUCUGCCCCCGCUGCCCCCCCCUCUUCGGGGUCGGGCAGGGCGGUGUACCGAGUCUUUAACACCUCGCUCACCCACCUAACCAUCCACCGUAGGACAGGUGAGGUGUUUGUCGGUGCCGUCAACCGUGUGAUCAAGCUGUCCCCCAAUCUGACGGAGCUGAAGAGUCAUGAGACCGGACCUGUAGAGGACAAUGACAUGUGUUACCCCCCUCCCAGCAUGAGGAACUGCGCCCACGGACUGGUGAAUUUGGAUAACGUGAACAAGCUCUUGCUGGUGGAUUAUACCGGGAACAGACUGGUGGCCUGCGGCUCCAUCUGGCAGGGAGUCUGUCAGUUUCUUAGACUGGAGGACCUCUUCAAACUGGGAGAGCCGCAUCACCGCAAGGAGCACUACCUCUCAGGGGCCAGAGAGGCUGAUGGGAUGGCAGGAGUGGUUGUGGAUGAAGAUGACUGGAUCUCUGACCCCGCAAAGAAAAAGCCGGUGAAGGGCAGCAGUCGGCUCUUCAUCGGCGCCGCCAUCGACGGGAAGUCGGAGUAUUUCCCCACGCUGUCCAGCAGGAAGCUGGUGGCUGACGAGGAGAACAUGGACAUGUUCUCUCUGGUUUACCAGGAUGAGUUUGUGUCCUCACAGAUCAAGAUCCCGUCCGACACGCUGUCGACCUAUCCAGCUUUUGACAUUUACUACAUCUACGGGUUCUCCAGUCGCACGUACGUGUACUUCCUGACCCUGCAGCUGGACACGCAGCUGACCCAGAUGGAUGCGGGCGGGGAGAAGUUCUUUACCUCCAAGAUUGUCAGGUUGUGCUCCAACGACACACUGUUUUACUCCUACGUGGAGUUUCCUCUGGGCUGCACCAAAGAUGGCGUUGAGUAUCGUCUGGUUCAGGCUGCCUACAAGCAGAAACCAGGACGUCGGCUGGCCCAGGCGCUUGGAUUGUCUGAAGAUGACGACAUCCUGUUUGUCGUCUUCUCUCAGGGUCAGAAGAACCGCUCCAACCCGCCCAGAGAGACGGUCCUCUGCCUGUUCACGCUGUACAACAUCAACAUGGCCAUCAGAGAGAAGAUCCACUCCUGUUACAGAGGAGAGGGGAAGCUGUCGUUGUCAUGGCUACUCAACAGAGAGCUGAACUGCAUCCCCACACCCCACCAGAUUGGAGACGACUUCUGCGGCCUGGUGCUGAACCAGCCCCUCGGAGGCCUGAGGGUGAUCGAGGGCUUCCCGCUGUACGAGGACCGGACCGAGGGCAUGGGGGCCGUGGCUGGCUACACCUACGGGGAGCACACUGUGGUGUUUGUGGGGACCCGGAGCGGCCAGCUGAAGAAGAUCCGUGUGGAUGGGAUCCCGCCCCCGACCCAGAAUGCCUUGCUGUAUGAGACUGUGCCAGUGGUGGAAGGGAAGCCAAUCUUGAGAGACAUGGUGUUCAGUCCAGACCACCAGCACAUCUACCUUCUGAGCGACAGACAGGUGAGCAAGCUGCCGGUGGAGAGCUGCGACCAGUACAGCAGCUGCCCCGACUGCCUGGGGUCAGGAGACCCGCACUGCGGAUGGUGUGUCCUCUUCAACAAGUGCUCCAGAAAGGAGGCGUGCAGCCGGUGGGAGGAGCCUCAGCACUUCAACACGCGCCUGGACCAGUGUGUGCACAUCUCAGUCAGCCCGAGCAACAUGUCUGUCACGUCCCCGCCAACACAGCUGUCUGUCCAAAUGCAGAACGUCCCGGCGCUGUCGGGGGGCGUGUCCUGUGUGUUCGAGGACCUGACUGAGACUCUCGGAGAGGUGCUCUCCAAAGGUCAGGUGAAGUGCACCUUGCCGUCAUUCAGAGACCUUCCGUCAGACUCGCACACCCACGAGGAGAAGAGGGUGGUGCAGCUCAGCCUUCGCUCCAAAGAGACCGGACUUCAGUUCAUCUCCACCACCAUCGUCUACUACAACUGCUCCGUGCUCAGCUCGUGUACGUCCUGCGUCAGCAGUUUGUUUCCCUGCCACUGGUGCAAAUAUCGUCACAUCUGCACCAACAACCUGCAGGACUGCUCCUUCCAGGAGGGGCGGGUCAGCAACAUGGAGGGUUGUCCUCAAAUCCUCCCCAACACUGACAUCCUGGUCCCUGCUGGGAUGGUGCGCCCCAUCACCCUGCGCGCCCGUAACCUCCCCCAGCCUCAGUCGGGUCAGAAGAACUACGAGUGUGUGUUCAGCAUCCAGGGCAAAGUGCAGCGCAUCCCCGCCGUGCGCUACAACUCCUCCUGCAUCCAGUGCCAGAACACCUCGUACUGGUAUGACGGCGACGAGGCCGGCGACCUGCCUGUAGAUUUCUCCGUCGUGUGGGAUGGAGAUUUCCUCAUCGACAAACCUGCCUUCAUGAAAGCGCUGCUGUAUAAGUGUGAAGCCCAGCGCUCCAGCUGCGGUCAGUGCCUCAAGGCCCCCACUGCCUUCGAGUGCGGCUGGUGCACGGAGAGCAGGAAGUGUCUUCUGCGGCAACACUGUCCCUCCCCAGAACAGAACUGGAUGCACCACGGCCGGCACAACCUGCGCUGCAGCCACCCGCGCAUCACAAGGAUCGAUCCUCUGACGGGACCUCGUGAGGGCGGGACACGGGUGACGAUUGAGGGGGAAAACCUGGGACUGCAGGUGAAAGAGAUCGCUCAAGUGCAGGUGGCUGGAGUCCGCUGCAACCCCGUACCUGUGCAAUACAUCAGUGCAGAGAGGAUUGUGUGCGACAUGACUGAGGCCCUCCUCCCCCAUUCCCUGGGCGGGCCUGUGGAGGUCUGCAUCGGCGUCUGCAGCACUGAGUAUCGAACCACCUCCACUCAGAUCUACUCCUUUGUGAGCCCCAGCUUCAACCGCAUUCGACCAGCUAUAGGGCCCGUUUCCGGGGGAACCAGGCUCACCGUCUUCGGUCGGCACCUGGACGCCGGCAGCUCGGUCGUCGUCUCCAUCAACAAGGAGGAGUGUCUGUUCGUCAAGAGGACCAAUCGAGAAAUCGUCUGUAUUACCCCCGCCUCUGUGUCUGGCACUGGCUCCGCCUCCAUCCGUCUGAUGAUUGACAGGGCCGAGGUGACAAGCUUGGAGGUAAAAUACACGUACACCGAGGAUCCGACAAUAACCAGCGUGGAACCAAACUGGACCAUCCUGAACGGCAGCACCAUGAUUACAGUGAUGGGGACCAACCUGUACACCAUCCAGGAGCCCAAAGUCAGAGCCAAAUACGGAGGCCUGGAAACUACAAACUUCUGCACAUUGGUCAAUGACAGCGCAAUGACGUGUUUGGCUCCUGGACUUGUCUACAACAAACCAGAGCCCCCGGAUGGGGCGCUCCAACCCGAUGAGUUUGGCUUCAUCUUUGAUCAGGUCUCCUCUCUGCUGGUGCUGAACUCCACGCCUUUCAUGCAUUAUCCAAACCCCACCUUUGAUCCUCUUGGGAACGCUGGGGUCCUGGAGGUGACGCCAGGCUCACCCAUCAUCAUCAAGGGCAAAAACCUGAUUCCAGGGAACAACCGCCUGAACUACACCGUCCUGAUCGGAGAGUCUCCCUGCGUCCUGACCGUUUCUGAAAGCCAGCUGCUCUGCGAUUCACCAGACCUCACCGGAGAACAGCGCGUUCUGAUCCUGGUUGGUGGUCUGGAGUACUCCCCAGGGAUGCUCCACAUUUACUCCAACAGUGUUCUGACACUUCCCGCCAUCAUCGGGAUUGGCGCCGGUGGAGGGGUGCUGCUCAUCGCCAUCAUUGCUGUGCUGAUCGCUUACAAGAGGAAGACGCGGGACGCCGACCGCACCCUGAAACGCCUCCAGCUGCAGAUGGACAACCUCGAGAGCCGGGUGGCGCUAGAGUGCAAGGAGGCGUUCGCAGAGCUGCAGACGGACAUCCAGGAGCUCACCAACGACAUGGAUGGAGUGAAGAUUCCCUUUUUGGAAUAUCGCACCUACACCAUGAGAGUCAUGUUCCCAGGAAUCGAAGAGCAUCCCGUUCUCAAAGAGCUGGACUCUCCAGCCAAUGUGGAAAAAGCUCUGCGCCUCUUCAGCCAGCUGUUGAAUAACAAGAUGUUCCUGCUCACCUUCAUCCACACGCUGGAGGCCCAGAGGUCCUUCUCCAUGAGGGACCGUGGGAACGUGGCCUCGCUGCUCAUGGCUGCCCUGCAGGGUCGGAUGGAGUAUGCCACCGUGGUGCUGAAGCAGCUGCUGGCUGAUCUGAUAGAGAAGAACCUGGAGAACAGGAACCACCCCAAACUGCUCCUGAGGAGGACUGAGUCUGUUGCUGAGAAGAUGCUGACCAACUGGUUCACCUUCCUGCUGCACCGAUUCCUCAAGGAGUGUGCUGGAGAGCCUCUCUUCAUGCUGUUUUGUGCCAUAAAGCAGCAGAUGGAGAAAGGACCGAUUGAUGCCAUAACAGGAGAAGCUCGAUACUCUCUGAGCGAAGACAAACUCAUCCGGCAGCAGAUCGACUACAAGCAGCUGACGCUGAUGUGCAUCCCUCCGGAGGGCGAGGCGGGCACCGAGGUGCCCGUGAAGGUGCUGAACUGCGACACCGUCACUCAGGUCAAAGACAAGCUGCUGGACGCCGUUUACAAAGGAAUCCCCUUCUCACAGAGGCCUCAGGCCGACGAUAUGGACCUGGAGUGGCGUCAGGGUCGACUGACCAGGAUCAUCCUGCAGGACGAAGACGUAACAACCAAGAUAGAAAGUGACUGGAAGAGGCUGAACACCCUGGCUCACUAUCAAGUAACAGACGGCUCGGUGGUGGCACUGGUCCAGAAGCAGGUUUCUGCCUACAACAUUGCCAACUCCUUCACCUUCACCAGAUCCUUGAGCAGAUAUGAGUCGUUGCUGCGGACGUCCAGCAGCCCGGACAGCCUGAGAUCCAGAGCUCCCAUGAUCACUCCGGACCAGGAGACAGGAACUAAACUGUGGCAUCUGGUAAAGAACCAUGAGCACGACCAGAGGGAAGGAGACAGAGGGAGCAAGAUGGUCUCUGAAAUCUACCUGACCAGACUGUUGGCCACCAAGGGGACGCUGCAAAAGUUCGUGGAUGACCUGUUUGAGACUGUGUUCAGCACUGCUCACCGGGGCUCUGCACUUCCACUGGCCAUCAAAUACAUGUUUGACUUCUUGGAUGAGCAGGCGGACAAAAGACAGAUCAGCGAUCCAGACGUCCGGCACACGUGGAAGAGCAACUGCCUUCCUCUCAGGUUCUGGGUGAACGUCAUCAAGAACCCUCAGUUUGUGUUUGAUAUCCAUAAGAACAGCAUCACCGACGCCUGCCUGUCGGUCGUAGCACAAACCUUCAUGGACUCCUGCUCCACGUCUGAACAUCGGCUUGGGAAAGACUCUCCGUCUAACAAGCUGCUCUACGCUAAAGACAUCCCCAACUACAAAAGCUGGGUGGAGAGGUACUACAGGGACAUCACUAAGAUGCCCAGCAUCAGCGAUCAGGACAUGGAUGCCUACCUGGUGGAGCAGUCCCGCCUUCAUGGCAACGAGUUCAACACACUGAGCGCGCUCAAUGAGCUCUACUUCUACAUCAACAAAUACAAGGAGGAGAUUCUGACGGCGUUGGACCGGGAUGGGUACUGUCGCAAACACAAACUGAGGCACAAACUGGAGCAAGCCAUCAACCUGAUGGCCGGCAGCAGCUGAGAGGAGGACAGCUGGACUGAUGGACCAAAGGGUGGACUGAUGGGAGGAGGGGGAGAGGCACAGAAGGAGGGGGGAUGAAGGCAUUUUCAUUUUUCUGAGCAGAACGUCAUUCUACUCUGUGUUGGGACACACUGGCAGCCAUGUCUCCAGCCAAACUGUCAAUUGAUCAAACAGUAAUUUAUUAGUUGAUUUCUUGUAUGUCUAAAGGGGGAAUCCCUGCCACCUCCGCCUGGAUAGGUGGCGGGAAACUCUUCUGUAACAAGGCUUCAACAUGCCUUUGAGUCAUUGUAGGGACGUGGUUCCCACUGCAGGUGCCAAAGUGGGGGUGUGACUGAACUGCACUAGAGGCUUCAAUGAGACUGGCACCUGACGUCUAAGUGGCCCUAUUUCAGGAAAUCUGCUGACUGCCUGGAGCCUCGGGUGUCCUCUGAGCAGUGGCCUUCCUGCUCCGACCUGCAGGAUGAAGAAACGCAGCAGAUGUUUGCUAGAGAAGCUCCUGACCGAAGAGUCCACAUCCACGGCCUAAAUCUGGUUCUGCCAAAAGCAAACUUGGAUUAUAGGAGUUCUCUGGAGCUUUAAUGAGGCAGAAGUGAUGAAGAGAAUGGAGGGCUUGACUUGAAAUCAGGGUUCAGUUUGGGUGAAAUGUGAGCAGAAGCGAGGUCUGUUCUGCUGAACUGUAGGCUGUCUGGCUGAGCGGUCAGGAUGGAGAUGCCCCUAUGUUGCUGUUUUAAAACCACUUCACGUUCUUUCUCUGGACAAUCACUCUGUAUGCAGCACACUGAGCCCGGUGCCUACGGAGCGACCACUUCCUGUGUCCACAACCCCAAACCCCCUUUUUCCCCUCCCAUGUUUCCUACUCUUCUUUCCUUUCUUACCUUUAGCUGGCCAACAAGACUUUUUAGUGAUGUACUGCCGACCAAUGAAGACUGUGGAACUCAACAGACCCUCAGCAGACGACGUGGGCGGAGGCGGAUGCUGAGUUAUACCUGAAUACAUUCCAACACAUGCAAACAGGCAGGGUCUGUAAAUAUCACUGGCUGCUGACUCGCCAUUUCUCCCACAUCCUGAAAACGGACUCAUGCUGUUUCUUGGGACCAGAACAGCGGUCCUGGAUCCAGCAGCGAAAUGGCGUGAGGGCGUGCAUGCGCCUGCACACAGCCAUGCUAACCCUGCCCGCGGGGAAUACUGUGCAGAGCUACGAGCCAGUGCCAUGCAAAGACUGGACCGGAUCACACCAGAACCGGACAGUCCCAGGACCAAAUGCAAGCUGAUAACCACCCAGAGUGGAGGUUAAGCCGGAAGGAACUCCAUCAUUCUUCAGACCACAUUUAUAAGGAUGGUAAAAACGGAUAACAACAGUAACAAAGAGCUGAACUUGUACAAAGAUGGACGUUUGUCUGCAUCCAGAUGAGAACCCAACCGGACCCACAGACUCUGAAGGGUUUCAAAAUUUUUGGUACUUUUCUAUAAACAUAACAGCGGGGGGAGGGUUGUAAGUGAGGGGGGCGGGCGUCAUUGGAGGGCUUCUGCUCACCUCCAUCACCUGAGCCAGGUGUGAGCUGCUGUCACUGUGUGGAUGAAGGACACCCUCCUCUCCACACACAGCCCUGCUCUUUGAGCCAGAACGCGUGGAUGCUGCUCCCCAGGCUGCCCGCUGCUCUCAUGGGUCCGUCUGAAGCAGGAGCUGAGCGGGACCAGCCUGGCCCCUCUUCAUUUGGGUCAGUACAGCACUGAUUCAAGCUGAGACCUGCUUUAGUUCAUGUUAGAGCCUCAGGUGUUCCGGCUGCAGGUUCAGGUAACCUCUUUGUUUCCGCUCAUCUCCUGUGAUGGAGUUCAGGUUCUGAGCUGUUUGCAGCUAAAUGUCCUUUUGACGUGUUGGUUUUUGUUGUGAACAGCAGGAGGUCAAACCUGAGGAGCUGUGUUUGUUGUAGUUCAACAAAGAGGCGGCGUGUCUUUGGCGAGCAAGUGUUCUGCCUCGGCCGGUCCGGCUCCGGUGCCAUAAAGCUGCAUAAAGAAGCACCUUUUUUUCUUUCUCGCCAACCUAAAAGUCAUUUCAGUCUGUGGGGCCAAAAGAAGCUGAAUGAGGAAGAGGAGGGCGGGGCCUGACAAAAACGGCCUUUCUGUGGGGAUUGGCUGUGUGUGCACGUGCACACGCGUGUGCAUGCUGCUGCUGUGGAACGCGGUGCGUUAAAUCGGUGAUAGCAUCUGCAGCUCAUUUAAACGCUUCUUUCUGAGAAACCCUUCUCUGUUGAAAUGUUAAACUACAAAGAUGUCAUCUUUACCUCCAUCCUCGAGAAGAGGAGCAGGAAGAAAAGAAAAAUGAAAAAAAUCUAAAAUUAGAAGCAGGUUGAUGGGGAGAUGGAGGAGUGUGAGGAGAGGGGAAGGGAGGGGAGGAAAGGGGGAGGUCAGAUUCUCACCACAUGCAAAGGUGGGAGAAGAGGAGAGGGAUGGAGGAGGACCGGCAUGGAAUACUGAGAGGGAGGAGAGAGGAAGAAUACAGAUGAGGGAGAGAUGGAAGGAGGCCUCCAUCACACCGACUGACGCAGGGCAGUUUCCUGGGAGGAGGAGGAGGAGGAGGUGUAGGGAUGAAGGUGGAAGGUGCAGAUGUACAACCAGGAAGGAAGUGCGAGUGUUUAUCACUGUUCGCCGUGACAUCACAGCGACCGAGGUGUUGGGGGGGGGGAAGUGGCAGGCUCAGAUUUGGGUUUCUGCUGUAGCAUGCACAUGUCUGUGAGCGUGCACGUGGAGGAAACACUGACAGGGCAACAGAAAGGGUGGGGUCUAAUUCCUGGAACCAUACACAACGUGCAUGAGCGCUCGCCUUCAUCGUGGUUUUUACAUUUUGCAAUAGUGGGAUAUUUUUUAUUGUGUUUUUAUUUAUUGUCAUCAUGGGUUGUAUUUAUUGUACACAGGGUUGUGCCCCAUCCUCUGGAGAUGGAGUUUAUUUAAACUUGUCAUGUCUUUUUGUUGAGGGUGGGGGCAAACCACCACGAGUCAGUUCAUCUCAGUUUUAUCGCUUUCUUCCCCUUCAGCAAACCAAACUCUCCAGCUGCUGCUUCUUGACAGGAGCUAACGUUUGUGGACUGGGUCUCCCGCGGCGUCUGCUGAUCAGGAUGGACCAUCCUCACUGAUCAGCAGACUCAGCAAAGCUCUCCAGUCAUCCGACAGGUCAUUUAGGAGGAAGCAGCGAGUCGCACACUCAUCGGGGUGUGGUUUCACUCCCUGACUCCGCCCCUGAGGGAAGCUGAGCCAUCCUAAGACCUAAACAGCAACUUCCCCAGAAGCAGAUUUGAUGCUGAAGUAGAACAGAAAUAGGUGUUACCUUAAAAGACAGUCCUGUUGAAAAGGAAAGAGGCGUUUUUGGUUCCGAUGUGAUGAAGAUGAAGAAAAGGAGAAUCUGUUUGAACCAACAGACCAAAACCGAAAUGUGGAAUGGAGGUCUGCUGCAAACCCCCCAAACUGUGCCCAGCAGGACUGUCUAAGCCCUGUCUAUUAAGCUCCGCCCACACUCCAAAGAUUAAAUCUUACCCUGUCUAUUUUUGCUCAAAUGAACCUAUUGGAUUAUGAACUCACCUGCUAACAUUUUACUGAGAUAAAAACUGUUUUUUCAAGAAGAAAUAUUUGCUGAAUAUAGUAACUGCAAGUGAAAAUUUGCCAUAUUUAUUAAAACGAGGUAUUCUGUCUCAGUGAAAUGUUCCCUAAGUGGUAAUAGGUACUAUUGACUGUAAAUGUACUUGGUAAAGGCUGGAGUGCACUGCUGCAGGCUGCCACUAGGGCUCUGGGGGGGAUUACUGAUCCCACCGAAUGUACAUUUAUCAUAAGAACAGGGAAUCCGGCAGGGACUCCCAUGGCUGCAGCUCUCAGCGUGCUCCUCAGCAGCCACAGCUGCAGGUCUGCAGGUUUUAGACCAAACAGAGACCAUCUGGGAGGAAGCCCAUGCUGCUUUCUGGGUCUCACAUCCUGAUGGAGUCGCUCUUUUCUGCCAACGUUUCAAAAUAAGAGCUCAGAUGAGGAAGAACAGGACUCCGUCCAGCAGGGAGAGGACACUACUGUGAGAGCAUCAUCACACGCUCCAAAGAAAAGCGCCUGCCCCCCCCCCCCCCCCCCCCCCCCAACUGCAUCAACCACUAAGAAGUAUUAUUAAAUGUUUUGAAAGCCAUGACCUCCAUGUGACUGAGCAGUGAAGGGGACCUGCUCUCUGUGUGUUUGCUGUAACAUUUAUGUCUUUGUUCUGCACAUCGGGCCGUGAAAACAGAGCCACAGCUUCAUAACUGCUGACUGGACUAAAACGAGCAGAACUAGGGACCAGGUAAUAGACCCGCCGGGCUUUGGUUGAAAGAAUCUUCUGGGACACGAUGAAGUUCUCUCUGAAGAAGCCAGAACAGGAAGACGGCUUGUGUGUUCCUGUAAGGGCUGGGGCUGAGCAUUACAGACAAAUCAAUCCAGAACCAUUAACUCAUGACUGGACUGGAUUUGGAAAACAGUCCCAUGAAGUCCAGCUCUGGGUAAUGAGAAGGAGUUCCUCUUAACUCCUUUUCUUCAAAUCAAACUGCCUAUAAACUGAAAAAGUAGCAGAAACACAGUUUUCCCUCAGGGGUAAAGCAGGAGGACUUUAAAUUCAGAUGUCAUUAGUUGCAUUAAGUCUGUUCUGCUCUGGACCCAGACCCAGUUGGUGCUGACAAACAGGACAGCCCGCGUAAAGGUACGGAGUUCUGCUUUAGGUGUGACAAAAACAAAUGUAAGCCACUGGAAAACAGAAUUUCUUCAUGCAGUCCAGCUGGAUUCUGUCAGCAGAAGUCUGACGCAUGAAGGAGAAGGUCACCAUGGAAGCCCCACGUCCAGAACCUGCAGCUCCACAGCGCCACAGCACCCGGAAAACUGUCUCCCACCCAAAGUGCAGAAAAAGCUGCUGUAAUACAGCAACGUCCAGGAUGUAGCCAGGGCCCGUUUGUGAUGCCAUUGCCUUGUUUUUGUCAUUUUUGCUAAGUUAAAUUGUAAUGAUGAUGAAACGUGUAAUAGCCUGUGUCAGUUUUCUAUCAUUGCCAUUGCCUUCUGCUGAGUUUGUAUAUUUGUGUGGUUUCACUAAAGUGUAAAUGAAAUCUGGA